AAUCAGAAUUGAAAGAAGUGGAGCUGAAGUAGAAUAACUUCAGAAUGCAUGAAAUAAUAACAACUAAUACUUGUAGAAGACAGGAAAAAGCGAAAGGAAAUGAAUUAAAAUUACCUCAACUUUGGAUUCAAAUUCUUUGAUUGCAACAUCACCUCACUCCGAUUCCUCCACUGCAUAUAGAGAGAAAUAGUGAUUGUUGAGAUGGCAUCGUUCGACGCGUUUAGCCUGGACGGCGAUGCGCCGGGUCUUGCAUUUAACGACGGUGGAUACACUGGUUACGACGAGGGUUACGCCGCCUUCACCAUGCCUGACACUCCACCUUAUACUACGGAGUUCGCGGAGUCGGAAUAUGUGACGGUGGAUCACGUCUCGGACUCGGUGGACAGUUCUGAUCCUUUCGGAUUCGGGUCGAAUCCUGAAUCCGUCCCGGUCUCGAAUGGCAACGGGAAGGCAUCUUAUGAUAUUGGCCAAGAUUCGGAGGGAAUAUUUAGCUCUGACGGGCCGAUCCUUCCGCCUCCAACUGAGUUGCAAUCAGAAGAAGGCUUCGUUCUUCGUGAAUGGCGGAGGCAAAAUGCCAUUCGACUUGAAGAGAAGGAGAAGAGGGAAAAAGAGCUGCGAGCUCAAAUUAUACAAGAAGGUGAAGAGUAUAAGCAAGCUUUCUACGAGAAAAGAAAGCUUAAUGUAGAGACAAACAAGACUACCAACAGAGAGAAAGAGAAGUUAUACUUGGUCAAUCAAGAGAAGUUCCACAAAGAAGCGGAAAAACAAUACUGGAAAGCUAUAGCAGAGCUCAUUCCCAAUGAGGUACCCCAUAUUGAGAAGAAGGGAAGGAAGAAGGAUCAAGUAAAGAAGCCAUCAAUAAUUGUCAUUCAAGGGCCCAAACCCGGAAAACCUACCGAUCUUUCAAGAAUGCGCCAUUUAUUGGUGAAGCUGAAGCAUAAUCCUCCAUCUCAUAUGUUACCACCCCCACCACUUCCGGCCAAGGACGGGAAAGUCGACAAAGAUGGAAAAAAUGUCAAAAAUGAGAAAGAUGUGGGACAUAGGGCAACCGGAUCAGGGGCUAAAGAGGCCCCUGAUGUACCUGCAAAAGAGGCCACUUCUAAUGGUUCUCCAGUUGCAACUGAAGAACCCAUUACUCCUGCCAAUGACCAGCCUGCUAGCUAAUUUCUCCAAUUUGAUUUUAUAAUUAAAAGUCUCCCCUACUAAAGGUUUUCAUUAUCUCCAUAAUUCUUAAUAUCUUAUUUCAUUCAAGCUGGUUUGCUAAACCAAUGUUAUGUAAGAUAGAGAGUUGACAUAUUCUUACAUUUUUGAGCUUUUAUUAAUUCAGAUUUGUGGUUUUGUGUACUAAUUGUUUGAUGAAAUUUGGCUUGAUACCGUAAUCUUCUGUUCUGGUAUUUUUUCUUCACUAGUAUCUGAAUUGCCUGUUAAUGUUGCUAAAAUGUAUCUUCUUCGAGAUCAGUUUGCCAAGCUAAGGAAUUUUUAUUGCAACCUCAGAUGAACAAACUAUACACAGAUUACUUUGUCAGCCUUGAUCCUUGGACGGACUUUUGUUGCUUCCUUACCAUGUGGGUGUGGGUGUGUACUUCUAUGCACAUGUUCCUUCACAUUUAUUUUUUUCCCUUUCAUUUUCGAUUAUUUUAUUUGUAUUUUAUUAUUUUAUCGAGAUUAAUUUUUUUAUCUAUUUACUCAUGAAAAAGUGAGCCAUGCGAUUGUAACGAUCUAGCUGAUGGAAACCGUCUUGAAGGCCAACUUGUUACAUACUUGACUUGUU